ACUUUACAGAAUUCCGUGCAUAAAAGAAAAAUCAAUAAUCAAUCCAAUAAACAUUUAUUAAAUAUGUUUUACAUUGAAUUUUUGUAAUGUUGUAUCAAUCGAUUGGUUGGCCGAUGUAUUUUUAUAUAGCGAUUCGUCGUAUGAAUACACUUGUCAUUAAACCAGAUGCUUAAUCUGGCAAUGCCGACCCCGCUGUGAUUUCCGUGGUUGAACUGUGUGCUCAUUCAUCGAUGGAUUAACACCACGAUUAAAUCUAAUCCAGCGUGUGUUACAUCCAUUAAUAAUCCAUCAUUAACUUACCACGCGCGGAGUGUAGCGUUGACUUUAUGAACACAAUGGAGUGUAUACCUACACGCUUGACAGUUGGAUACCCCAGCCUGGGUGAGCAGUUCCAGCGCACGAGCAAGUCUUUCAAGUACCGACUGCCCGAGGCCCCGUGCUCGUAGACUGGGGGAGCCGCCAGGAUCGAGGGAGCAGAAACAACAACGGCGCCCUCACCGGGACAUAGCAUGUACCAGCUGACAGACCCAUGGAUCUUCAUCGUGAAAGUGAAAAAAGCACAACUUAUUGGCAAUGAAGAACGUUUCAACACGUAUGUGACCCUUAAACUCCAAAAUGUAAAAUCUACAACCAUCCAAGUCAAGGGUACCAACCCAAGUUGGGAACAAGACUUUCUUUUCGAAACGAUGCGACUGGACACGGGUCUGAUUAUCGAAGUAUGGAACAAGGGUAUGUUGUGGGACAAGCUGUUGGGGCUUCACUGGCUACCUCUCACCAAGGUCCAGCACUCCAACAAGGAGGGCAAGGGAAAAUGGCUGACGUUGGAUUGUGAGCUGGUUAUUAACAAUGGUGAGGUUGUGGGGACCCGGAUACAGACAGAACACAGAAUUCUCAUAGACGCUCGGUUUGAGUUGCCUUAUGAUCUACCAGAAUCAGAAGCGGCCGAGCUGCAAGACAAAUUGUCGGUCAUCAAUUCUAUGAUGAACCAGGAUAUGCUUGCAGCUCAAGAUACGCCGCGUCCACCUUCCUAUGCACAAUCUGGUAUGUCUGAAGACAGCGACUACACCAGCGACAUCAACUACCCCGUUCAACACCAGCACAACACCUCCGCACACCAGUACCGCAACCAUCCGGACCAUCCGUACCGUCUACGGGACGACAGCCGGGAAACCAUCCGCUACGAUGACAGCUUUGACCAGUCGUUCGACCAGCGGUCUCUAGAUCAACAUUCCCCUGACCAACGCUCAUUUGAACAAUACGGCGACGAGGAUUAUGAUCGGGAGGAUCAGGACUACCAUAGGAAUCGAAGCUUUGAAAGGGAUUAUAGCUAUGAUCAGGAUCAGAACUAUUACCAAAACGAAGGUCCGUAUCACCACGGGCGCAGUGAUACGGACUCGGAUAUUCUCUUCUAUAACAGUCGCCCAAAUAGCAGACCCCAGUCUUUCAUUCAAGACAGAAACGUAUUUCGUUCCAGCCCUGUCCUAAGUCAUCAUUCAUCUCUAAUCAUGAGCCGUCAGAGUACUCAAGAUUAUAGUCCUGUGAAUAGUCACGUGUCAUCAUCCAACAUCAGCCGAGAAAGCACCAAAGAAAGCUCAUUCGACACGUUUGAAAAAUCCGACUCUGAUGCACACCGCAUGUCUUCCCCGGCCAGAUCUCGCUGGUUAGAAGCUUUCAACCGAGUAUGUGCCGAGCUGAGCGAGGUAAAGACUGGGUCAAUGAUGGGCCGUGAGGAGGGAGACUACGCUGAUGGGUACAGGUACAAGGCCUGGUCGCACGUCAAUGGCGGACCCCCACAGUACAACCCCUUCUACACCAGUAUAGACAGCAUGCCGGAAAUCAAGCCCAGACGGAAGAGCAUCCCCCUCGUUAGUGAUUUGAGUUUAGCAGCUAAAAGAAAUGCUGGCGUCUCAUCUGCCAUGGUGGCAAGACAGUCUUUAAAUGAUGAGGAAUUGAAAAUGCAUGUCUACAAGAAAACAUUACAAGCCCUCAUCUACCCCAUCUCAUCCACAACUCCACACAACUUUGUGGUGUGGUCAGCCACAUCACCAACAUACUGUUUUGAGUGUGAAGGUCUUUUAUGGGGCUUAGCUCGGCAGGGGGUGCGGUGUACAGAGUGUGGGGUCAAAUGUCACGAGAAAUGUAAAGACUUACUCAAUGCUGAUUGUUUACAAAGAGCCGCAGAGAAAAGCUCAAAGCAUGGUGCUGAUGAUAAAGCGCACAACAUUAUUAUGGCUAUGAAAGAACGCAUGAAAAUACGGGAGAAAAAUAAGCCAGAAAUAUUUGAAAUGAUUAGACAAGUUUUUGGAGUAGAUAAAAAAUCACAUUCCGGUCACAUGAAAGCUGUCAAACAAAGUGUACUGGACGGCACAUCCAAAUGGUCAGCUAAAAUAGCCAUAACUGUGAUUUCGGCCCAGGGGUUGACUGGCAAGGAUAAGACUGGUACAAGUGAUCCUUAUGUGACAGUUCAAGUGGGAAAAGUCAAAAAGAGAACCAAGACAGUGCCUCAAGAUCUCAACCCAGAGUGGAAUGAGAAAUUUUAUUUUGAAUGUCACAAUUCUUCAGACAGAAUCAAAGUUCGAGUAUGGGAUGAGGACAAUGACCUCAAGUCCAAGCUCAGACAGAAACUGACCAGAGAAUCUGAUGACUUUCUUGGGCAGACAAUAAUUGAGGUCAGAACUCUUUCGGGUGAAAUGGACGUGUGGUACAGCUUAGAGAAGCGAACAGAUAAAUCUGCUGUUUCUGGUGCUAUUAGGCUACACAUCAGUGUAGAAAUCAAGGGGGAGGAAAAGGUGGCUCCCUAUCAUGUGCAGUACACAUGUUUACAUGAGAACCUCUUUCAUUAUUUAUGUGAGCAAGCAGCUGGAGAGGUCAAGUUGCCCAACGCCAAAGGGACUGACGAGUCGUGGAAAGUUUACUUUGAUGAGCCAGGACAAGAGGUCGUAGAUGAGUUUGCCAUGAGAUAUGGUAUAGAGUCUAUAUACCAGGCCAUGACUCACUUCUCCUGCCUGUCAUGUAAGUACAUGUGUGCUGGGGUGCCAGCACUGAUGAGUACCCUCCUCGCCAACAUUAAUGCCUUCUACGCUCACACUGCAGCUACCACUGCUGUCUCUGCCAGCGACAGAUUUGCAGCAUCCAACUUUGGGAAAGAGAAAUUUGUGAAGCUCUUAGAUCAGCUUCAUAAUUCUUUACGCAUUGAUUUGUCUAUGUACAGGAAUAAUUUCCCAGCGUCAGACCCUGGCAGGAUGAAAGAUCUAAAAUCUACUGUUGACUUGUUGACUAGCAUCACUUUCUUUCGAAUGAAGGUCCAAGAGCUCACCAGCCCGCCGCGAGCUGGCACAGUUGUAAAAGACUGUGUCAUCGCUUGCAUUAAAUCCACUUAUAAGUUUUUGUUUGACAACUGCUCAGAGCUUUACAACAGGGAGUUCCAGACUGACCCCAAUGAACAGAUGGCUGCGGACCAGGAGGGACCAAGCGGCAAGAGUCUGCACUUCUGGCACAAGCUGAUUGCUCUUAUAGUAUCUGUGAUAGAGGAAGAUAGAAAUAGCUACACAACUGUGUUGAACCAGUUUCCACAAGAGUUGGUGGUAGGUCAGGUCAGUGCCUACAUGAUGUGGGAUCAAUUCUCUCAAGACUUGUGUAUAGCCUUACAGCAGCAUGAAGAAGAAAGGACAUGUAAAAGUUCUGAAUAUAUGAAUCUCCAUUUCAAAGUGAAGUGGCUGUAUACAAAAUAUAUUGCCGAUGUGCCUCAGUACCGUGGUACUGUUCCUGAGUAUCCACGAUGGUUUGAACCUUUUGUCAUGCAAUGGCUGAAUGAAAAUGAUGAUGUGUCUAUGGACUAUCUCCACGGUGCCUAUGACAGGGACAGAAAAGACGGGUUCCAAAAGAGCUCUGAACAUGCCCUGUUCUCUACCUCAGUUGUGGAUGUCUUCACACAGCUGAACCAAUGUUUUGAUGUUAUCAAAAAACUUGAAUGUCCAGAUCCUGAAGUGGUGAAAAACUACAUGAAGAGAUUUGCUAAGACAGUGAACAAAGUGCUAUUAGCAUAUUCAGAUAUUGUGAGAAGGGACUUUGAGAAGUACACAAGUCGCCAAAAAGUUGCCUGUAUCAUGAUGAACAACAUUCAACAGUUGAGGGUACAGCUAGAGAAGGUGUUUGAGUCAAUGGGAGGUGAAAAGCUUGAUGCUGAUGCUGCUGGUAUACUCAAUGAACUUCAAUCAAAACUUAAUGGAGUCCUUGAUGAACUGAGCUCAAUUUUCUCUAAAAGCUUGGAGCCACAGAUCCAGCAGAGUAUGCAAGAGUUGGGUCAGCUGUUGUGUAAGGUCAAGGGUGGCGGCCAGGUUUCUCUGUCCCAGCCUAGCCAGAGGUCCAGCAUCCAGCAGGAAUCUGAUAUGGUUCUCAGGCCACUCAUGGAUUUGUUAGAUGGCAGCCUAUCAAUGUUUGCUCAAGUGUGUGAGAAGACUGUGCUCAAGAGAUUGCUCAAGGAACUCUGGAAGAUUGUCAUGCAUACCAUGGAAAAAACAGUUGUGCUUCCACCUUUGUCUGAUCCCAGACAGCUUCUACCCCUCCCUAGUAAUGCGCAGGCUAAAAUAGAAGACAUGUCCCGCAUUCUGCUCAACCACGUGAGUCAGAUGCCCAUGAACACACCCAUUAAGCAGGUCAAGAGCAUCCAGGCCACGUUCUUGGACAUGUCGAAGGAGGCAGAAAAGAAUCUGAGUCCUAAACAAUGUGCUGUGCUGGACAUGGCACUGGACACCAUCAAACAAUACUUCCAUGCUGGCGGCCAGGGACUUAAAAAAACAUUCCUGGACAAGAGUGCAGAGUUGCAGUCCCUUAGAUAUGCACUAAGUCUGUACACACAGACAACUGAUACACUGAUCAAAACAUUUGUCAACACACAAACUCAACAAGAAAAACCUGGACAAGAAGAUCCUGUUGGUGAAGUGUCCAUACAAGUUGAUUUCACCACUCACCCAGGCACAGGCGAGCACAAAGUCACAGUCAGAGUGGUGGCUUGCAAUGAUCUCAAGUGGAGAACCACUGGAAUGUUCCGACCUUUUGUGGAAGUCCACUUGAUAGGGCCCCACCUGAAUGACAAGAAGAGAAAGCAUUCCACCAAAUCAAAGUCCAACAACUGGAGCCCCAAGUACAAUGAGACUUUCCACUUCAACCUGGGCAAUGAAGACGACCCUUAUGCCUAUGAACUCCAGUUUUGUGUCAAAGACUAUUGCUUUGCUCGUGAAGAUCGCCUAAUUGGCAUUGCCUUGAUGCAGCUGCGUGACAUCAUUGAGCAGGGCAGCUGUGCCUGCUGGGUGGCCCUGGGGCGUAGAGUCCACCUAGAUGACACUGGUUUCACAGUGUUGAGGAUUCUGUCCCAGCGCACCAACGAUGAGGUGGCCAAAGAGUUUGUCAAGCUCAAGUCUGAAUGUAGGCACUUAGAAGAUGUUCAGACGUGAUAGGCUAUCACACGCAUCUCACUCAUCAUCUCACACAUCCACA